AGCCGCAUGAAAUUGGGCGAACUUCAAGGAGAGUUUCAGAGACGGUACCAGUUGGGAGAUGGCCUCCUUACGACCGAGGACUUGGAAAGAUUAGAGAGGUCUGAUUUCACGACGGUGGGUGCCUCCGCAACGACGUUUGAAAAGAUGGUGAGGAAGGUUCCAGGGUUGGCUGAGGAGUCCCAAUGUGCCAUCUUCCUGAGCAACUUCACAGAGUGCGAAAGUGUUUCCCUAACAAGAAGAGGAGCUAUAGGACGGAAAUUGACGUGGGAAACAGUGAAGCAAAGUUUGGAGGAUGGGGAGCUGGACCAGGUGUACCAGUUCCGGAUGAUACAACAACGGCAGAAACGAACGACCCGAGUUGUUACUGAAGGAGCAGGUAUCAACCUUCAACAACUUAUCGCGGAUGGAAUAGCCAAGUAUCAACCUGACCAGCAGAAGGCGGUAGGGAAACAAGUUUUGACAGUAAUACAACCUCAGGCUAGAGCCGCGAAGAAAGGAAAGGUGGUGGAGCAAGUGGAAAAUGAUGAUGACGAUGAUGAAGAGGAAGAACCCACAAAGCUGACGAAGAGAUAUAGUCCAUAUGGCCCAUGGUCGUUUUACAACCAAGUCGUGCCACCCGUGGGAGGGCCGACUGCGCAUAGUGCAGGAGGGUACCCCAAUGCGCCAGCUCAAGGAGUGAACUUGCAAGGAGGGGCCAACAGCAGCAGCCGACACCCCCGCCUCAGGUCGACCAGCCCAGUCAAGCGACGGGUCAGGGGCGAGGACAAAGCCAACAGGGUAACAGGCAAGCCAGUCAGGGCUGAGGCGGUGGAGGUCGCGGACAAGGUUCCGACAAUGGUCGACGAAACGGUCAAGGGGACGGACGCGGAGGCAACUGGAACGGGCAAGGUGGAAAUGACAGCCCGAGGUUUGAUUGGAGGAAUGAGGAAGAUGAGUGGCUUAGGAAGGAAGAGGAAGGAUGGGCUUAAGCAGAGCUCCAAAAGGAGGUACAAGCACGUGACUGAGAAGAGUCACCCCGUUCCUGUGCUCAUAGCUUUGGAGGAAGAGUUCUACUAUGAGCAGAAACGUGAACUGGUACGACAAAUGAAGGAGGAUGCAGAACAUGGGCCGUGUCGUAUCAAUGAAAGGACUGAGGGAAAUUUGAUAAUAGGGGAGUCGGGAUUCCUCACGCCACAAGAGAAGGGCCUUAUGGUAGAGGUAAUGAAGGAGCGGCAUUGCGCAUAUGCGUUUGACGAUGAUGAGCAUCGACGCCUCGAUGUGGACAAAGUGCCUAUGAUUAGAAUCCACAUUGUGCCUCACGUACCAUGGAACUUGCGAGGUCCACGCUAUCCUAAUCCGGCAGAGGAACGGAGAUCCGACGAACGAGCUAAUGAGGAUAUACCUCCGGUGGACGCAUUCCUCGAUGAGGAGGAGGAUGUGAAGCUCCAUAUCAACGCGCAUGUCGUUGGGGUCAGCGGCGUCCUUGUACAAGGGCAGUCUGCUUUUCUUGCUCCUGCAGGGUAUGUAAAGCGUGCGGAUAUAGUCCUCAAGAACUUCGAGGAGGAGGAUCCUUGGGGAGGAAAGGAUGUUGAGUGGAUGGCUAAGCUUGCAUUGGCAGAGACCUUUCGAGUAGAAGAAGACCCAUUGGCCAUAGAAAGUGGAGCUUACUCAGUCGACACUCACGCAAGGUAUGCGGCAAAUGUCAGUUUCCUCGUCAAUUCGAUCGUCCAAGUGCACGAGGAUGGAGAAGAGAGUCGGGACCCUGUUAGAGAUAUGGAAGAGGACGAGUUUGAGGAAGGCGAGAUAAUAAAGGUUUUUCGCGCAGUUAAGUACAAAAGCGUAUACCGCGACUUGGGUUUGCUUCUCUCGUGCAAGAUUAGAGAGAGAGAAGCAACUAAGAAGGUAACCGAGAUGCUACCUCGUUUUUUGGUUCGGAACGGACACCUUUUCAUCAAAAAUGAGGUUGGCAACCCGAGGACGGUGAUCUGCGGCCGAAAUCGUCAGAUAGACGUUAUAGCCACACUUCAUGACGGACCCGCGGGCGGUCACAAAGCGUUUGCCUUGACAUAUGCGAAGGCGCGAGAGCUUUAUUACUGGGAAGGAAUGAGUGAGAUGAUUCGCAAGUAUUGCGAGUCAUGUGUUCCAUGUCAAAUCAGGGCGUUGACUAUGUACAAGGAGACAUUGCACCCACGGAUUGUACGUGAUGCAGGCGCAGUGGUCCAUCUGGACCUAUUGGCAAUGCCUCAGGGAGUGGGCGACUACAACUACAUCUUCGACGCACGGGAUAAUCUUACGAGGUUUGAGGACCAACCUCGGUCAGAGCCAGUGAUGGAGGAUGGUGAGAGAGAUGAGAUGAGACCUUUAUUGUUAGAUGAGUUGCCAUUGCCAGCCGAUAGUCGAUUGGAUGAGCGGCCAACUGAGCUUGAGGGUUCAUUGACUGCCCAGUUAUAUGACAUGGAGUCUCCUAGGGCGCAAAUGCGACAGAAGGUAUCCCGACCUUCGGCCAUGGAUAUAGAGACAGAGCAGGUUGAGGCCGAGAUCUUGGGGCUAGACAGGGAGGAUCCCACAGAGGGCAUACAGACCCAGCGAGUGGGAUCGUCACCUAUGGAUUUUGGGGGUACUCCUCGACGAGACAGUGAUAGGAGUGAGGCUAGCAUGAGCGUUCACGUUGAGGGUCAGACCACUGGAGGGCUCAAGGUACUAUAUGAUGACCUGACCAUGCAGAGGGCCUACAUUGGUAGCAGCCUUGGAGCAGCUCGAGAGGCGACAGAGCAAGUUAGAGAUUACACGAGGAGAGUUGCUAUCCGAUCCUUUGAGCUGAGCCGCGACAGGCAGACGGAGCAGGAUGCGCUGAGAGAGAUGGCCGAGGUUGCGCGAGGAGAGGUGCUCCAAGAUGCGGUACAGAGGAUAAGUACUCUGGAGCAGGUGAACAAAGGACUGAGGGACAUGGUACGUGACCUCGUCGCUAGCGUAGAGCAGGCAAGACAAUCUACCUCGAUACUCGAGCAGAGGAUUACUGAUCUAGAGGAAGGUCAAAAGCGUCAGGCCACGAUAGGUCUGGUCCACGAGAGGAGGACUGAGGUGCAGCAGGCUCCUAUUGGACAGGCAAACGUCCCUCAUGAGGUAGAGCGUGGUGGAAUGAGAUUGGACACCCCUCGGCGAGACUCGCGGACGGAGGAGCCACUCAGGGCUAUGGGGAUGACAUGUGAGGAGGCUGCAGUCGUCGACAAGCUCAUGCUUGAACCAGACGAGAUCAAGAGGUGGAGAGAGGCAAAGGCAUGUGGUUGGACUGGGUCCCUCCCUUAGAGCUGGCAGUUCAGGGGGAUGCAUGGCGAGGGAUGGGUAAUAGGCACAACGAGCGA